UUUCCCUUUACCCGUCAACGGCGGCCCACCCACUUUCUGUUUCAUCUUCUUCCCACUCAAACCCCCUAACUUUCUCUCUCUAAAACCCCCAAAUUUCCUCAUUUUCUCUCUCUAAACCCCCCACCCCAAAUGGCCAUGAAUUCCAACCUCCAAGCCAUCCUCUCCGCCGUCGCCAGCUUCUUCCUCCUCUCCCUCAUCUUCACCUUCAUCUACUUCGUCUGCCGCACCGCCACCAAACGCCGCCGUGACUCCGCCCAUCGCCGCCGCACUCGUUCAAUUCGCCGCCCACCCGAUCUCCCCACCUCCACCUCCUUCAUCAGCGUCGCCGAGAGUCAGAUGUUCGAUCCCAAUUUGAAAGAAAUCGACAUGGUUGACUUGGUCAACGCCACCCGCAACUUCUCGCCGGACUUGAUCGUUGGCGACGGAAGUUUCGGGCUCGUUUACAAAGCGAAUCUCCCCUCCGGCACCGUCGCGGUUAAGAAGCUCUCCGCGGAUGCGUUUCAAGGGUACCGGGAGUUUAAGGCCGAGAUGGAUACUCUCGGCAAGAUUCAACACGAAAAUAUCGUUAAGUUUUUCGGGUAUUGUGCCACGGGGUCAGACCGGAUUUUAAUUUACGAGUUUAUCGAGAAAGGGAGCCUCGACCAAUGGCUAUAUGACACGUCAUCGAUGAAUAAUGACGUGUCAGUGUCGAGGGUACCCUUGUCUUGGAGUACGAGGAUUAAAAUAAUAAUAGGGGUGGCGAAAGGGCUAGCGUAUAUGCAUAAUUUGAGCGAGCCGAUAAUUCAUCGGGAUAUUAAAGCGAGUAAUGUUUUGUUGGAUGCGGAUUUUAAAGCUCAUAUUGCGGAUUUUGGGUUGGCGCGGACGAUUAAGGGCGAACAUUUGCAUGUCUCAACGCAAGUAGCGGGGACUAUGGGGUAUAUGCCUCCGGAGUAUAUUCAUGGGGCGCCUGCUGCUACUGUUAUGGGAGACGUGUAUAGUUUUGGGAUACUGAUGUUUGAGAUUGUUACAUGUAGGCGUCCGAACUGGCCGAUAAAGGGCGAAAAUGGAGAAGAGAUUCGGCUUGUUGAAUGGGCGACGAGAAUGGUGUCACAAAAUCGAGAAAUAAAAAUGUUGGAUGCUAGUAUAUCGAAAGAGGAUUUGAAAGAGAAAGAGAAAGAGGUUUUAGAGUUUUUCAGGAUCGCUACGUUAUGUACUAAGGAAGUACAUAAAGAACGACCGAAUAUGAAUAGAGUUGUGGAGUUAUUGAAUCAAAUUCAAGAUGAACCUACAAUAUAGUGAUUUCAAUUAAGUUUAAUUUAAUUUGUUUCAUAGAAUUUCAGUGGGUAGUUUUUCACUUUUUUGGUCAUUUUAAUUGUGAGUUUCAUAUUGAAAGGGAUGUAUGUAAGUAGCAUCCUGUGUAAAGUAUAUAAUAGCAGUAAGAAUGCUCAACUCAAAGUAUAGCAAUAUAAUAUUUAAUAUUAUUAUUAUAA